UUGUUUUCAUCCACAGGAUGCUGAACAAAAGAAAUAUGAAGACUACUGGAAGAUUUCUGAUGUACAUAGUUAUAACUUGGUUAAGUUUAAGUUUAAUAAUUAAGAAAAAUGAAUACUGGAUAUGCGAGGCACACAGAAAACUAUCUUUCAUGCAUGACCAAGGGAAGGAAUUGGAAACACAAAAGGAAAAUGAGGAAUAUGUCAAUGAAAGAACUAACACUCAAAUGAGAGGAAUGGCACCAUCUGAAGCUCCUACAAAGCCAUUUCCAGAGAAUAUUUACAGACGCCGGAGGAAACGGGAUCUACCACCAACUUUCAAUGUAACUCUGAAAGGAAGUAAAUUCUUUCCUAUUAAGAUGAACAAAUAUUUAGGGUGUCAGGUUAACCCACAAAUAAUAUAUCAAUGGAGGAUAAAAUCUCACCAAAUGCAAGACGACCUCAAAACCAAGGAAAACAAGAAAGCUCUACAAAAAGUAGUACAACAAAGGUACCUCCAGCGACUACUAAAAAACAGUUAAAGUUUUCAGAAUCGGAUAUCACGGAAGAGGGAAAAGAGAGGCAAACGAUCAUAAAAAUUGGGAAUGGGUAACCCUUAGAGCCUGUAAGGUCAUGAAACGUUGCUACCUAGAUGUUUUUGAGUAUUCUCAGAAUCAGUCGGUUAUAUUACCUGACACUGUUACCACCCACAACCCAGUACAGCGUUUCGGACCUAUACGUCCAGGAUAUGGUUGUACCUGGAGUAUGCCUGAAGUGACGUUUGCCAACUGCCAUAAAGACCUUUAUCAAUGUGUCGCAUUUGACAUCUUAUCUCCUUCUUUAGUUAAACCCGGAAAACUGAACAUAUCAAUAAAAAUGUACCAUCAACAGACCCAUAUAGAUUUUGUAAAUAUUUCCAUAAAACCUCCUAAUCAGAAUACUACUAUAUUAAGAUUAACCUGUAAUUCCUCUUUGUUGGGCUAUAACAUUUCAUUGAAACAACAUACUACUUCAAGAUAUUGUAUAUCGGACAAUGACAUGAAUAAAUUCAGGGAAUUGUGUGUAACUAAAUUAUACUAUAAAUGUUAUGGUCAAUCAUUCUGGACUAUGGACUGUGAGAGGCCCGCUGGAGUUUGAAUAUACAAAGGAAAUACAUGUGGUAACGCCACCUCCCAUUUAUCAUGUAGGACCACUAACCAUUAAAAAGGACGUAACCAGAACUUUAAUGAUAGAUCCUCAAUAUUCAAUCAAAAGGAUUAUCAUACCUCUACAAUUAUCUAGAACAUCAGUAUAUAAUCAAUGUGCCCUAUAUACAGAGCCAGUUUUAGUAGGAUGGAGAGCCUGGGUUCAAGGAGUACUCCCUCCUUCUUCCAACUCGUCUACUAGGCAGAAACGUGAUUUAGUGGCAAAGGUGCUAGGGAGAGCUGGAGCUGGAUUAAGCGUAUUAAACACAGUAGACCAACACAUACUAGCAAAUCGAAUUGGUCAGGUAGGUCAUGAUGCCGCCUCCCUUGCCGAACCACUGACGUCUGCAUUUCACGCUUUAGGAACUACAACAUUUGAUAUCACUAAAAUUCUUCCGUAUUGGCUUAAAAUUCAAGAGCAAGACCACCCGCGAAUACUGGGAGCGUUAAAUAUUCUCCAAUCUAAUAUCUCAGAAGCCCUAGCAUGUGUAGAAGCUCAGCAAUGGUUGAUAACGGUAGCCAAGGUUAUCAUCAGAGAUGGUUUUAACCAGCAGCUACCUUUGGAAUUGAAGAAAACCAUCUACGAGGACGCCAAUGAUUUUGAGAAAAUACAUCACCAAUGGUGGCAAUUAUUGACGUUCACUUACUGCCAGCACAACGAUACGAUCAUGGCCUUGAUUCUUACUUUAAAAUCAGCUAAUCAAGAAACCAUAUAUCCUCUUGUUGCUUUGGGGACAUAUGCUAACCAGUACCUACUAGUCCCUAUAGAAGACCAUAAAUGAGUACAUGUUAACGCUAAUAAUUCGUACGUCCCUAUACAUCUGCAAGCAUGCGUCUAUCAACCCAACUUGGGAUAUACCUGCACUACCCAAGUGUGGGAGGAGGAUUCUGCAUGCCUAGACCCUGUAGAGGGAACUUGCUUUUAUGAAGUGUUUCACCAUUCCCUCAGUAAAGCCUCUGCCAUAGUACAAGUGGAUACUGGUUGUUUUUGUAUCCAGAGUUUAUGUCCAUAUUUCUUGGUUAAUAAUUUGUAUAAAGUUAAUAAUUCAGGAAUAGGAAAUUUAUGUAUAUGUAAGGUCAUACACUUAAUGGGUUGUGAUAUCAAUGUAUCUGUACAUAAUGUAUAUAUCAAAGAUGUGUUCGAUGAAUAUAAAUUGUACAAUAUGUUGACACCCAUCCAUGUUGGAGCAAAUCUGGAGGUUAUUCGAAAGUUGUUACACCAUGAAAAAUUGGCUCAGUAUUUGAAUAAUUUGAAAUUGGAAGGAAGUAAAACUAUUCUCACUGUGCAACAUUCUAUCUCCGAGAUUAAACAAAUUACAAAAAAGAUUAAGGAUGAAACCACCUCCGCCCAUUGGUGGGAAUCUAUCCUGUAUACCGACAUGGGAAGUAUAAGAUCAAUGUGGUAUAUUCUUCUACAUCCAGUUGUGGUUGUUUUAAUUACUCAAUUUAUUCUAAUCGUGUAUGUGGUUAUGUUAACUGUGUUAAUAUGCAAACAUAAGAAAGCAAGUAUAAGCAAGUUCCUUUCAAUAUUUCUGGUUGGAAUGCUCUGUAAAUAUUUAUCCUAUGCAUUGUUGUAAUUCAUGUUACUAAUGUUUGAUGUUGUAUUAAAUUGUUUGGAACCUUGUGUCCGUAGUUAAGGAAAAAGGUCCCAAGGUGGGGAUAUGUUAGAUGGAAUGUACUGUUUCAAUUAGCUAUUAAUAAGAUGUUUUUAAAAUACUGAAAUGAAUCACUGACUUUGAACUG